GUUAAAAGUCUACAGAUAAUAAUAAGUAAUAAUACUUUAAGAAUGAUUCGUCUCGCCAGCCUGCUGCUCUCUCUACAGGCGAUAUUGAUCCUGUUAAAUGGCCAGUUGACCAGAGCCACAUGGUGCCGUAACCCGGGUGUUAGCCAAAUGAACAACCUUACCCGAACCCUUCUACAAGGAAGUAAUCUCUGGCUAUCAUAUCAAGCGGCGGAUAUGGAUACGAGCGAUAUUUACACGAUAUUACUGCAGGGUGAUACCAGUUGUCCAGUCCCAACUGACCAAGACGAUUCGGAAGAUCCAUCAACGUGCCCCUCUUAUCUCGUGAAAGAAGUGGACCCAACGAGAAUCCCGUCUUCCAUUGUGCACGCGCGCUGUCGAUGUGAGAAUUGUCAAAUCUCGGGACUGCGGAGUAGGCGCAGACAACAGUACGCAUGCGAGCCAGUGUACCGCUUCCUUCCGGUCCUCAAGAGACAAAGCACGUGCAUCGAUGGAGAGUAUCAAUACGCCUUAGUUCAUCAGAGAGUGGCCGUGUCGUGUCACUGUGUGAGGAGUAGAAAUAAUCGCGCCAAAUUGUCGACCAGUUUUAAAUCUCCUGAAAACUUUAUGUAGGGAUUUCAGUAUGCAUUGCGCAAUGUCAAAUGUUUGGUGUGGUGGUAAUAAAUUGUCCUUUGUUUUAAAAUCAGUGUUGUGUGGUAAAUAACUUCAGUAAGAAAAAAAAGCAUGUUCCCUUAACAAACAGUAUUAUAAUGUUUAUUUCAUAUUAUUAUUUACCAUCUUUUAUUUAAUUAAUACGUCUACACUGACAUUCAGUCAAUAAUCAUUG